GUGCGAGCGAGCAAGUACUUCGUUCAAAAUCAUUUGACGCAAUACAGUAAAAUAGAGGUAGUAGUGUUUUCCUGCAAUCAAGGUGUAAAAUAAAUUAUGGAUAGAAUUUAUGAAGACAAUCAUUAUGUCUCGGCUAUAUUCUUUGAUUUAGACAAUACUUUAAUUCAAACUAGAAAAGGAGAUAGUAAAGCUUGCACUAAGCUCGUGGAGAUUCUAGAACAACAUUAUGGCUUAUCCCACGAAAUUGCAACGAAAAGUGCUUCGACUUUCUUGCAUGCAUUCAGAGCCACACCUGAUGACGAGUCCUACGCGAUAGACGAGUGGCCCACGCACCUAUGGCGAAACUCCUUGCCGAAGAAUUAUAGGCAUAUUGCCAAAAAUAUAUCGACUGAAUGGAUAAAAUUAAGGUUUAAGUACUUAGCAUUGACUCCAGAUGUGAUACAUCUUUUAGAAACACUAAGGGAGGAUUAUCUACUCGGUUUGAUCACGAACGGGCCAUCGCGCGCUCAGUGGCAGAAGAUUGAGCGGUUGGGACUCCGCAAAUACUUCGACUGCGUGCUGGUCUCCGGGGACUUGCCGUGGGAGAAGCCUGAUCAGAACAUCUUCCUAGAAGCGUGCAAACUUCUUAACGUUGAAGCUAGCACAUGCAUCAUGGUUGGAGACAAACUGGAAACUGAUAUAAAGGGUGGCAAAGAAGCAGAAUUAGGUGGCACAGUAUGGAUUCCAUUACAAUUUGAUGAAAUGGAAUCGGAUCUACCUGAUUUCAAGAUACAAAAAGUAACAGAACUACCAGAAGUUCUGCCAAAUUCACCCAAGCUCAGGAAGAGGCCAUCAAAGCCGUCUGUCUGAUUGUUUAUGGUAUGAAAAAUUGCAAAGGCAAAUAUUUUUUAGUAUUGACACAUUAGAGUGAUAACAAUUGGUUCUAGUAAUAUUAGUGACCCUUUUCCAAAUCAAUUCAUUAAUUAGCCUGACCUUGCCUAUAAUAGUUGUGAUAAACUCCAUAAUAAAUAUAUAUAAUAUAUUAGCUUAGAUAAUCAAUUUUAUGUGUGUCAAGGUUUGUAAUUUAGUUGCUAAAUAUGAGGCUAGUCACAUUUUUAAGUGAUUAUUAACAUUCCACCAACAUUAUUUUGAAUAUCCACAAUAGACAACAAUUUUCUAUUCCUACAAUAUUUACAUCAAAACAGGUACUCAGCUGAUAUAGUUGUUCGGAAAUGUGUUUAAAUAUUAUAACAAAAUUGAUUUAGUUAUUAUUAAUAAUUACUAUUGGCGCACGUUAUAUUUUUCGCAAUUAUAAAACCAUUAACUUGAUAAUAAUUUCCAGUUUUAAAGUACAAAUUGAUAUCAUUUACAGUACAAAGUAUACUGUUUUACUAUAUGUAAAUAACGAUUACAUUUGAAAGUAAUAUAUAAUAUUUUUAUUAGUGAAAAAUAUAUCCUUUUAAAUAAUAUAAAUAAAAAAAUGUUGGUGUUGAUUGAUCUUAAAAAUAUUAUUUAUUUAUCUAACAGAAAAUGUGUGCAAAAAUACAUUAAUUUUAUAGUUAAUAUUAACAAUUUUAUAUCAAAGCCACCUUGAAUUACCUCGCAGGACGGAUUAAGUUUUUAGGUGGUAUUUUGUUCCUGGAAAAGUAAACUUUCAGCUUUAUAAAGAAGUAUAUUAUUUUAUCUUCCACACAACUAUAAAAAUGCUUUUUACAAUGGCUUCUUUACAAAUGUUAUUAGAUAUUCACAUAUAAUUUUAUACGUACGUAAGUACUUACAAGUGCUCAACUCAAAUUUAAUAAUAAAUCUUAACCUAAAGGCACGGUAAAGAUUCAAAAUUGACAAUUGAAUAAUAAAAAAAUUACAACUAAAAAAUUCAAGACCAUGUUCUGUGUUGCCAUGUAAAAUCUCAGCUUGGAACCACCAUGUCCAGUUUUUUUUGUUGGCAACUUUUCAAGUCCUCCUUACACAUAAAAAGGCCAUAUAUUCUCGUUAAAUAUAUGUUAUAUAAAUAACAUAAAAAUGUUUUAUAAUAUAUAAUAUUAUUAUUUAAAAAAAUUAAUAAUGUUAAGAAAUUAUUUUUGUGAAUAUUCUUUAUAUAUUUAGUAUAAGAUAUAAGAAUUAAAAGUAAAUUUAAUAUUAAAAGAAGAGUUAUAUAUAGUUAUUUUUAUACUUGAAAGAAAUUAUUUUAUGUAUUAUGAAUUAAUUUAGCUUCUUAAUUACAUUUCAUGUAGACUGUGUAAUGUGAUACCUGAACUAUUUCUUAAUAUUAAAUGACUGGUGGAUUGUAAAGUGAAGAGUAAUUUAUAUAUAGACUAUGAUAUAUAUUAAACUACUAAUUGACCAUGAACUUAAUGCAAACGUGAAAUCAGUUGUCUGAAAAGUAUUAUCAGAAAAAGAUCUUAAUAAAAUAACAUCUAAUUCUCUUUCAGCUUUUAGAUCUGUAUAUCAUAGGUUAGCCAUAAGCUAGGUGCUAAUUUGUUAAUUUUCAAAUUAUUUAUUGAAUGUUGUGACUAGUUUUAAAUGCAAAACAAUGGGUGAACUGAUCUGCACAGUAUUUUAGAUCGUGUUGUAUAGCAAUUGUAUGGUAAUCGAAACAAAAUUCAAUUAUAGUACUUAUGUGAAACAUUGUUUUUUAUAUUCAAUACAUAUUUUUAGUCCAAA